UUUAUUUGAUGUGUGAGAUGAUUAUGGUUUUAUGAAUGAUGAUUUCUAGUGAAACUGAUCAAGCAUUGGUCAAUCAUGCUCUCAGUUUUAGCAGAUUCUCGGGAGGGAAUUACAAGAACAUUCACUCAGAAAUUCCUACUUGUCACAGAACAUGACUAAAAGUUUAUUCUCUGAAUUAAUAAUUGUUGUGCCCUCCCUACUUUUUGAUGGUUUCAUUUUCCUUAUUCGUGACUAUUCACACAACUGUUCAGGAGACAUCUCAUCGCAGGUCUGUUUCAGUCGAUGAAGAUUUAUCAGUGUGUGGAAGGAAAGGCAUUGCAGUGAAGCCACGGAAAGGGGAUGCUCUUCUUUUCUUCAGUCUUUAUCCAGACGCAGUUCCUGACCCUACCAGUCUCCAUGCGGGUUGUCCUGUAAUUGAAGGCGAGAAGUGGUCCGCGACAAAGUGGAUUCAUGUAGAUUAUUUCGACAAGGUUGUGGGAUCCAACGGGACCUGUACAGAUGCAAAUGAAAAUUGUGAAAGAUGGGCUUCCCUCGGAGAAUGCACCAAGAAUCCUGAGUAUAUGGUCGGAUCUUCAGAUCUUCCUGGAUAUUGUAGGAAGAGUUGCAAAGCAUGUUAAGUUUUUCAACAUAUGUUUCCACAGACAACCAUCUUUACACCAUUGCAUUUCUAGUUCUUGUUGAUUUCGCUUUCCGUGUCACACUUAAUUUCCUGAUUCUGAUAUUGUUGUAAUGUUUUACUCCUUGCCAUUUUGCUCUCUGUGUCACACUUCAUUUCCUGAUUCUGAUAUUGUUGUAAUGUUUUACUCGCCAUUAACCAAUUUUGCAGUUUCCUGAUAGAUGACUGUUCUAAAAUAUACCCUGCAGAUGGUUUUACCUGAUGAAA